GGGAGAGGGAGCAGCACUGGCCAGGGGAGGGAGGAUUUUCCUUGGGGAAGUGGCUAAGCUGGAUGAUUUCAAGGAAUUGAGUGAAUCCAGACAGCAGGUGGGGAGAGAGAUUAUCAUCUUACAACUUUUGAUCUCUUAGGGAUUCUUCCCUUUUUUUCCCCUACUUUUUAAGCACGUAAGUCAGAAGCCACACUACCUGUGAUUUUGGCCAAGUCAUUUUAUCUUUCUGUGCCUAUAUGUCAUCUGUCAGUAGGGAUAAUAAAAGCACCUGUCUAGAGUUGUUAUGAGGAUUACAUGAACAGUACCUGCUACAUAGGAAGUGCUAUCCAGGUAUUUGUUGUAAUUAUUUCUUACUUUCCUUACCUCCCUGGAAUUAGCCUGUUCUGCUGAUUUAUUCAUUUCCACAGCGAUUCUUUGAUAAAUUCAUGUGUUUAAUUUUUUUCUGGCCCCAGCUGUUGGAUACAGUCAGGAAGUAGGCAAGAAAUGCCAGCUCCGGAAGCAGAGGGAGAAUAAGAUAGUUAUUCUCUAGUGCCACCCAGGAAUAUGCCACUGAAGUGUUAAUGACAGACUCUUCCCUCUACAGGAGAGUUGUGCUAAACUUUGACGUUUUGUGGUCUUCUGGGGAUUCUGGAAGUAAGGGACCUGCGGUGACUUAACAACAACUGCUGUAUGACAGGAUCAGGAUAAGUGAGUUGUGAAUGCUUAGCAGAGUCUGAUUAAGUUCAGAGUGAAGCUGGAGCAGGAGAGAAUCCAGCUCUGACCUGCCGUUUACACUUUUUUUUAUCGUUCAGGAACUUCAUCUUGGCUGCCAGUUUUCAGAAAUAGAAAUUGUAAAUAUAUUUCCAUUUUUUUGUCUUUGACUGCUUAAAGUGCUUUUGUUUGUUUGUUUUACCUCACAGGAGUUUUUAUUCUAUGUGGGUCAAGUUUACCAAUCUUUUCAUUAAUGAUCUCUGGAUAUUGGCUUAUAAGGAGGAGGACUUUUCUUUUUUGAGAUGGAGUCUCGCUCUGUCACCCAGGCUGGAGUGCAGUGGUGCGAUCUCUGCUCACUGCAACCUCCGCCUCCCGGGUUCAAGUGAUUCUCCUGCCUCAGCCUUCUGAGUAGCUGGGAUUACAGGCACGCACCACCACGCCUGGCUAAUUUUUGUAUUUUUAGUAGAGACGGGGUUUCACCAUGUUGGUCAGGCUGGUCUCAAACUCCUGACCUCAUGAUCCACCCACCUUGGCCUCCCAAAGUUCUGGGAUUACAGCCGUGAGCGACCGCGCCCGGCCAGGAGGAGGGCCUUUCUAUUCUGAGGUUAUAAAGGACUCACCUCAUGUUUUCCUCUGGUACUUUUAUGGUUUCAUUUAUAACAUGUAAAACUGGUUUAUUUGGAAUAUAUCCUAGUUUAUAGAGUAAGGUAGAAAUCUAAUUUACCAUCUUUCCAGAUGGUUAUCCAGUUCUCACCAUGCAUUUGAAGAGUUCACUUUUUUUUUUUUUAACUCAUUUGCUACCUUUAUCAUAAUGCUAAAUUUAUGUGUCUAUUUCUGGGCCUUCUGUUCUGUAUCAUUAUCAUGAGUACUACACACUUUAAGUAUUAAGGCUUUAUAAUAAGUAAGUUCUUUAGGACAAGUGCCCUUCUUUCUCAGUUUCCCCAGGUAGUCCUGCAUGUUUAGUCUUCUAGGUGAACAUUAAAAUCUUCUAAAAAGUUUCUAUUUUCAUGAGAAUAGUGUUGAAUUUACAAAUUAAUUUGGAGAUUACUGGCUGAAUACUACCCUGAGAAGCUGUAAAGUGGCUUAAUCUGGGAAGCAAGCCCUAGAUUGAAAUUUCAUCUUGGCUGUUUUAACAGGUGCCUGACCUCGGAAAAUUUAUUUGCUUCUCAGUUUUUAUAUAUAUGCGAGGAGGACUUUAACGUCUGCCCUGUAGGAUUAAAUGAGAUAAAAAGCAUAAAAUGCCUUCUUGGGAGUAAGCAAUCCUUUCUUCACAUGGUCCAUUCUGGUCAACUCACAAAUCCCUGAGAGGGAAGCCUCCAGGAUCCUAGAGUAGAUGACCAGAUGCCCAGGCGCGGGAUCUGCGGAAGUCAAAGUCAAGCUUUCUAGGCCGACAGCUGUCCUCAGUCGCUUGGUCAGAUAGUCUAAUCUCAGUUUUUCAGGAAUCAAGGCCAGAGGUGUGAACAAGGUGUCAGCUCUGAAGGGAAGGUUUUUCUAAGGAUGGACCCACACCAGAAGGUCCCUAGCAUAUAUAAUGGGGAUACUUUACAAACUCCUGAGUAUGAAAAAGUCUCUCUGUAUGAGGACCAGUUAGAAAGGCAUGAGAGUAGGCACAUGGAAGAAAGACGGUAUAAAUGCAAUGAAUGUGGAAAGAAGUUUGCCCAGAGCUCAGGCCUUGUUCGACAUCAGAGAAUCCACACUGGAGAGAAACCCUAUGAGUGUGAUCACUGUGGAAAAGCCUUUAGCGUGCGCUCAACCCUCACUGUGCAUGAAAGAAUCCACACUGGUGAGAAGCCUUAUACUUGUAAUGAGUGUAAGAAAGCCUUCAGUGUAAGGGCACACCUGAUUCUACAUCAGAGAAUCCACAAUGGAGAGAAACCCUAUGAAUGUAAUGAGUGUGGCAAAGCAUUUAGUGUGAGCUCAGACCUUAUCAAACAUCAGAGAAUCCAUACUGGUGAGAAACCUUAUGAGUGUGAUGAGUGUGGAAAAGCUUUCAGUGUGAGCUCAGCCCUCAUCAAGCAUCAGAGAAUCCAUACAGGAGAAAAGCCGUAUGAGUGUAAGGAAUGUGGGAAGGCCUUCUAUGUGAACUCAGCACUUACUAAUCACCAGAGGAUUCACUCUGGAGAAAAGCCCUAUGAGUGUGGAGAGUGUGGAAAAGCAUUCAGCCAGAUCUCAACGCUUAUUCAUCACCAGAGAAUCCAUACUGGAGAGAAACCGUAUGAGUGUGAAGAGUGUGGGAAAGCUUUCCGUGGGAGUUCUAACCUUACUAAACACCAGAAAACACAUGCCAAAGGAAAGUGUCAUCAGUGAUUUAUGUGGCAAAUAUAUUCCAAAGGGCUUUUGUUACAUCGGAAGAUACCAUUGAAAGAAGAGUAUGGUUAAUGUUAAUGCCUUAAUUGACACUUCACCCUUGAAAUACUGAAGUGAGAAAUCACUCAAAAGUAACUCCAUCAGCAUUGUUUCUAAGGCUCUAAAAUCACAUCUACUUCUGAGAAGAAUGGAGAUUUACAGACAGUCAUCUGGGUGGAGGACACCCUUUUGGGAUCAGCACUGAAAGUGACGCCAUAUCCCACUCCAAACCAGCACAACUAUAAAUACUAAGCAAUGGUGACUCCUGGCCUUAAACAGGAGCCUGUUUCAAAGCAAGACUUUUCCAGAAGAAGUCCAACAGAGUGAUGUCCAGGGGGCUAAAUAGAAACAUUUAUCAGGGACCCAACACUGAACAAGUUCAUGGGCUUCUGAAUAGUUUUCCCAAGUGAGGGGAGAUCCCCUUUGAAGAAGCACAACAGACAUUGCCUAAAGCUAAGGAGAGUAUCACUGAUAAAGGAACCUGAGACAUCUGGGAGAAUUUGCUCUGAAAUUCAGUCCUGCCAAUGCUCUGAGAGUGGGAAACCCUCCUUUCAGUUAGCACAUGAUUUUCAACUUCAGCAACUGUAAUAAAACAAGCAGGCUCUCAAUGUAAAGUUAGUGGAAAAGUCAUUUCUCUGAAAAUAUCACUCCCUAUUUAAAAAAGCCUUAACACACCAGCAGCCCUGACUUAAACACCAGCAUGUCCAAACUGGAGGAAAGCCCUAUGUGUAUCCUCAAUAUGGAAAGACCUUCAGUGUAAACCCAAGUCCCAUGAAACUACAGAGAAGCCAUCCUGGAGAGGACUUGCAUGAGAGUAAAGAAUGUGGCAAAAUCUUCAGACACUGGAUCUUGUCAGACAUCAGAGAGCUCUUGUGGAUAUCUUCAGUAUGGAAAGCCUUCUGUGCGAGCUCAGUAUUAUUGAACAUAAGUAAAUUCAUUUUGGACAAGAGCCUUAUCUAUAUUCGUGAGUACAGCAAAGCCUCAAAGUGCUGUGACAGCCUUAUUAAACAUCAGAGAAUCUGCACUGGAGAAAAACCCUGUUGGUCUGAAGAAGAUAGUAAAAGGUUCAUUAUGGUUCAGCUCUGGUCACCCACCAGAGAAUCCACACUGGAGAGCAGCACCAUUAUGAAUGUAGUGUGUGAGGGAAGGCCUUUAUUUGGAAGCUAGCACUUACCAAUCAUCAGAAUACCCAUGCUGGAGAGAAAAUUUAUAAAUGUAAAAAUGUAAAAAAGCUCAAUCUUAUACAUCAGAAAAUCCACACUGGAACAAAACUGUAUGCAUAUGACCGUAGGGAAGCUAACAGUGUUAGCUCAUUGCUUAAAGGGCAUCAAGAUUCCCGCAUGGGGAAAAGCUCUUUGUAAAUUAUGUGGGAAAACCUUCAGUCAAAGUUCAGAUCUUAUCCAGCAUCAGAGUCCACACUAGAUAGAAGCUUUAUGACUUGGACAAAUGUAAGAAAACAUUUUGAUGAACUCAUCCUUUACUAAGCAACAAAGGAUACACAACAAAAAUGAACCUCAAUAAUCAAAUAUGUGGUAGAGAGAUAGUAGAGGAAUUUUUCAACGUCAUCUGUCAUGAUUAAGGAAAAGACCAUUAAAUAGAAGAGGUGACAGUAAAAAAAAAAAAAAAAAAAAAA